AGUUACUACCGGCUUGACUCUAACCCGACCAAAGUCCCAAACACAGGAGAGAGAGAGAGAGAGUGAUAAACCAAACCCCAAAAAUACUCGCAGUAUCGCAGUCCUCGCAAUUUCUUCUGCCUUCACUCUCUUCAUUUUCUUCUUGGCGGCAAAAGUCCCAAACACAGGAGAGAGAGAGACAGAGAAGGAGAGAGAGAUGGAGAGACCCAAAAAGAAGCAAAUAUUGCUUUUCUACUGUGUGGAGGCGGAAGAUUUGGCACGAAAGGUUGCUGCUCAGUCGGACUUCAUUCAGCUUCAAUCCAUUAAUUGGAGGAGUUUUGAUGACGGAUUUCCAAAUCUAUUCAUAAAAAAUGCACAUGAUAUCCGAGGCCAGCACGUCGCCUUUUUGGCAUCUUUCAGCUCAACCGACGUUAUCUUUGAACAGCUUUCGGUCAUUUACGCACUUCCAAUGCUGUUUGUUGCUUCAUUUACUGUUGUUUUGCCUUUCUUUCCAACUGGUUCUUUUGAAAGAAUCGAAGAGGAAGGUGACGUGGCUACUGCUUUUACCCUCGCUAGGAUGUUAUCUAACACUCCUAUUUCGAGGGGCGGUCCCACCAGUUUGGUUAUCUAUGACAUACAUGCUCUCCAGGAAAGAUUUUACUUCAGCGACACUGUUUUGCCUGUGUUUGAGAGUGGGAUCCCACUUUUGAAGCAGCGCCUUCAGCAACUUCCACAAUCGGAUAAGAUAGUUGUGGCAUUUCCAGAUGAUGGAGCUUGGAAAAGAUUCCACAAGCUGCUAGAUCAUUUUCCCAUGGUGAUAUGCAACAAGGUACGUGAAGGAGACAAAAGAAUAGUUAGGAUAAAAGAGGGGAACCCUGAAGGUUGCCAUGUUGUCAUUGUCGAUGACUUGGUCCAGUCUGGUGGCACUUUAAUUGAAUGCCAGAAAGUAUUGGCAGCUCAUGGUGCAGCGAAGGUUAGUGCUUAUGUCACACAUGGUGUGUUCCCAAAGAAGUCAUGGGAGCGGUUUGUGCACAAGAGCAACGAAGAGUCGGAGAAGGCGUUCACACACUUUUGGAUAAGCGAUUCAUGCCCCGUUACUGUGGAAGCUAUCUCCGGCAAAGCUCCUUUUGAAAUUCUGAGUCUCGCUGGAUCUAUCGCCGAUGCUCUUCAAAUCUGAACACUGCUUCGGCAAUUUAGCUAAUUAAUAAAAGACUCUUCUGUUUUUACAUUCAAGAAUUCAUUUCGGGAUUUUCAAUUGCCAUCUAAAUUUGACCAAAUACACUCUUCAACUUGAACGAAUCAAACACGAGAUGCUAUUUUGAUGAGGUUUUUAUGUUCGAGGAUUAGCCUUUUUUUUUCUU